GUUUUAUUGUCACCAAUGACGACGGCGUCUCUAAACUGAUAGGUAUGCAAGAAUAAAUAAUUAAUUUACUAAGGAUAAAUGAAGAAAAUGAUAGUUAAGUGACCUUGUUGCUGACAAUGACCUGGUAACUUAAAGAAGAAAGACUAUGCAGUAACUUCAGUACUCUGAUGACAGGAAUACACCCAGAUAUGCCUGGAAAGAAAAAAGGAGGAAAGAAGUCUGGGAAAAAAUCUGGGAAAAAAGGGGGGAAGAAAGGAGGGAAAAAAUCGGCCAAGUCGAGGAGUCAGUCAGCAAAGUCAGAGAAGGGAGAUAAAUCUGCCCCUGACAUAAUGAGUCCAGCUGCCAUGGAAAAUCUCUACUACAUUGCACAUGAUGCUCCUGAUGCUCUUGACAAGAGAGGGUUUGGUUGGCCUGAUGCUGGGAAAAAGAAAGGGAAAAAAGGAAAAGGGAAAAAGAAGAAAAAAUAAGGAAAAUUUCCCUUAGGAUUCAUUAUUAGGACUAUAUUAGAUUUAUUUAUGAAGUGUUUUUGUGAUGCAUGUAGAAGUGGCCAUUUAGAUAAUCAUGAUCUCAUUGUAUGUAUGCAAUGAAAUAUGUAGCUGUGCCAAAUACUGCAACAAUUUAAUUAUAGAUGUACUGCACCAAUGUCUGCUAGCAGUGACUAAAUGUCACGUUUGUCAAGUACAAGGAUGCAGAUAAUGGGCUAUUAUGGAAGUUCACUUUGCCUCUGUAAGGCAUUGAAAGGAACUUCAGUUACCUAAUACUUCUUCCAGUAAAAAUAUACCCAAUUGUAGGUCCAUUUCCCAAAUUAAUUGAGAGGAGUUAGUGUGGUACAGAAUAUAUAUUUGAUCUUUAAAACUGCAUGUUCAUCGAUUCAGUUUUAUGCCAGGAAAACUUAAAUUAAAAUAGCCCCAAGUUUUAAAUGCCAAGUUUGAAUAUUAAUUUCAAAGAUUUCAGAAACAUAGCAGUAAUUGUGGCACAUAGGGUUUAUUAUGUUCAAAUAAAUUGAAGUAUAAUGAUAUAUUAUGAUUUUGCUAUGGAAAUUAUGAAAGCAUUGGGGUGCAUGAAAUUGUUGUGUUUUUGUUGGGCACUUAAAAACAUAAAAUCUAGAAUAUUGGUGCUGUUUGUUUACAUAUAAUGAUACCGAAAUGAGUGCAUAUAUGUUUGAGAGAAUUCAUUUUGUACAUUUUAUUUCACUAACAUUACCGGACAGCAUGUAAGAAGAAUUAAACUGUGAUUUUUGGUGACGGGUAUAAUCUGUAUUCUUGUAGAGAAAUACAGCUUAAAUUUUAUUACAGUAUGUGAAUGGUAAAAUCAUAUUUGAAAAAAAACUAUCCAAACAUAAAUUAAUUGUUGUCCCCAUUUGACCUAUUUCAGAUUGAACAAAAGGAGUACUGUAGUUGUUUUUUCGUAGACGUACAUUAAUUCAUAACAAACUGUC